AUGAUGAAAAGAGAAAGAGGAGGAGAGGAGGAGAAUAAGGACAUAACAAUCAUGGCCAACUAUUUGAUGCUAUUAUCGAGCGCCGGGCAACGAGCCGACUCUAGUACCACAAAUCGAGUAUUCACGUGCAAAACGUGCAAUCGGAAGUUCACGUCCUUUCAAGCCUUAGGCGGCCACCGAGCAAGCCACAAAAAACCGAGACUCUUGGAAGGUGGGGCCCACGUGCUUCAUAUUCCACCGCCAUCUCCGCCAAAGCCGAAGACCCACGAGUGCUCGAUUUGUGGGCUCGAUUUCCCGUUGGGCCAAGCGCUCGGGGGCCACAUGAGGAGACACCGGACGAGCCCUAAUAAUGCCGGUGAAGCUCACUUUGUGAAGAAAUUAGUAAUGGCGAAUAACAACAAGAGGGUUUUGUGCCUGGAUUUGAACUUGACUCCAUUGGAGAACAAGUUUGUUUUUGGCAAGGUUGAUUCGUUUUGCUGGUGA